AUGAAGGUUUUUUUUAGACAGUUUUCGGUAACGUCUGCUAGAGCUAGAGGUCAGAACUUGACGGAAAAAAUCGUCCAGAAAUAUGCCGUAGGGUUGCCCUCUGACAAAAGAGUAUUUAGUGGGGACUAUGUUUCAAUCCAGCCUGCUCACUGUAUGUCUCAUGACAAUUCCUGGCCUGUGGCUACCAAAUUCAUGGGCUUAGGGGCUUCCAAGGUUAAAGAUAACCGUCAAAUUGUGUGUACAUUGGAUCAUGAUGUUCAGAACAAGUCAGAGAAAAACUUGGCCAAGUAUACCAAUAUUGAAAACUUUGCUAAAGAACAAGGUAUAGACUUCUAUCCAGCAGGAAGAGGUAUUGGACACCAGAUCAUGAUAGAAGAAGGAUACGCGUAUCCAUUGAACUUAACGGUGGCAUCCGAUUCACAUUCCAACACUUACGGUGGUGUUGGGGCCUUAGGAACUCCUAUUGUCAGAACUGAUGCUGCUUCGAUCUGGGCUACCGGUCAAACAUGGUGGCAGAUCCCCCCAGUUGCCAAAGUGGAAUUGAUUGGUCAGUUACCCAAAGGUGUUACUGGAAAGGACAUCAUUGUGACGUUAUGUGGUCUUUUCAACAAUGAUGAAGUAUUGAACCAUGCCAUUGAAUUUGUGGGAGAAGGCGUAAGAAACUUAUCUGUGGAUUACCGGUUGACCAUUGCCAACAUGACCACCGAAUGGGGUGCGUUGUCUGGAUUGUUUCCAGUUGAUGAGACCUUGAUAGCUUUCUACCAGGACAGAAUCACCAAGCUACCACAACCUCAUCCCAGAGUAAACGAAGAGACUGUGGGGAACUUGAUCAAAAACCCUACUCAUAGCGACGACGAUGCUGUGUACGCCAAGCACUUGACCAUUGACUUGAGUACUUUGAGCCCGUAUAUCUCCGGUCCUAACUCCGUCAAAAUCUCCAACUCAUUGUAUGAUUUGUCCAACCAGAAUAUCAAGAUUAAUAAGGCAUACUUGGUUUCUUGUACCAAUUCGAGAUUAAGUGAUAUCAAGGCAGCUGCUGCCAUCUUGAAGGGGAAAAAAGUGCAUCCCGAUGUCGAGUUCUACGUGGCUGCUGCUUCAUCUAAUGUGCAAAAAGAUGCUGAGGCUGAUGGUGCUUGGCAAGAUAUCAUCGAUGCGGGUGCAACGGCCUUGCCUGCUGGAUGUGGUCCUUGUAUAGGGUUGGGUAUGGGAUUGCUUGAAGAUGGUGAAGUUGGGAUCUCUGCCACAAACAGAAACUUCAAAGGAAGAAUGGGAUCUAAAGAUGCUUUGGCAUAUUUGAGUUCACCUGAAAUUGUCGCUGCUUCAGCUGUUUUAGGGAAAAUCGGUGGCCCCGAAGAAUUAGAAGGAAAGCCAGUUGCACAAAAUAGAGAAAUCACUAAACAAGUCACGGUUCCUAAAGCAGAGACUACUGCCUCAGCAGAAGACGGAGGAGCAGUAGAUAUAUUGGAUGGGUUCCCAACGGAAAUUGUAGGGGAAUUAAUUCUAUGUGAUGCUGAUAAUAUCAAUACCGAUGGUAUUUACCCGGGUAAGUAUACUUACCAAGAUGAUAUUCCAAAGUCCAAAAUGGCUGAGGUCUGUAUGGAGAACUAUGAUUCUGAAUUUAGAGAUAAGGUCCAUGCCGGUGAUAUCAUCAUCAGUGGAUUCAAUUUUGGAACUGGUUCUUCCAGAGAGCAAGCAGCCACAGCUAUUUUGGCUAAGGGAAUGAAGUUGAUUGUGGCUGGGUCAUUCGGUAAUAUUUUCUCCCGUAACUCCAUCAACAACGCAUUAUUAACGUUGGAAAUCCCAGCCUUAAUCAACAUGUUAAGAGAGAAGUAUAAGGAUUCCAAGGAAUUGACAGUCAGAACUGGUUGGUUUUUGAAAUGGGACGUUACUAAAGCCAUGGUUUACGUGGCCGACUCUGACAGUAAUAUAAUUUUGAGCCAAAGGGUCGGCGAAUUGGGAACAAACUUGCAAGAUAUCAUCGUUAAGGGGGGCUUAGAAGGUUGGGUCAAGAGUGAGUUGGCCAAAAACUAA